UCUCGUAGAAUUCGGGGUCUUACAAACUUCAUUUCCCGAACACUUUUCCAAAGGUUGGGUUCAGUUUAGAGAGCCCCAAAUCCGAGGAGGCGCCGCAUGGAGUUUCCAGACGAUUUCAACCAACUGGAGCUCGUAAACACGCACGGCAAGUUGAUCCCGCGAGGUUCUUGCGGCCUGUGGACUGGAAGUGAGGAUGAAGACGGGCCAGUGGAGGAUGAGGAGGCGCAGAGUGAGGAGCGGUACCUCCGCAAAGAGGAAAGCCUCCGGGACAGACCCGCCGAGCUCGUUCUUUGGGCUGCACAAAACAACCGCGUGUCCACGAUCCUGAGGUUGUUAUCCGCAGAGGCGUCGUUGGCGCACAGCAGCGACGAGGACGCUUACACUCCCCUGCACCGGGCGGCCUACGGCGGCCACGCGGACGCGGCCGCUUCCCUGCUGGCCGCCGGCUCCAGGGUCAACCCUCGCACCGUCGACGGCUGGACGCCCCUCCACAGCGCCUGCCGCUGGGGGCACGUCGCCGUAGCGACCUUGCUACUCCAUCACGGCGCCGACGUGAACGCGCAGACCGACGGAGGCCUGACGCCGCUGCACCUGGCGGCUUCGCACGGCAGUUCGCGCAAAGCCGGCUGGCGCCACACUCUGGAGCUCCUCCUCUCUCAGCGCCACCUGCGGGCCGGACUCGGCAGCGACGGCGGCGAGCGUGCCGGCGAGCUGGCCCGACGCUGCGGCCCCUAUCACUUCCUCUUUGAGAUGGUGGAGGACUGUGCCAGUGUGCUUCCUGGCCCGUGAAUAUUUUCCCCAAGAACCCUGACAAAUUCUUUGCUCGCGGCCUGUCGGCGUUCGCACAUCAAAGGGGAAGAAGUAUAAAAAUCAAUUCCUCAAAGAGCCUUUGACAUAUCCAGUGAAGCUCAUCCGUGCUUUUAGCUCAGGUAGACUUGACUGUUGUAAUGGUCUUCAAACUUAUUCAGCAGGGUCUGACCAGAACAAAGAGGUCGGACCGUAUUCCAAUACUCAAAUUCUGGCACCUUGAGAACAGAUUUGCAAGCUAUGCUUCUCCAUAAGUCACUAAAUGGCGUCGGUCCGGAAUCUGACCUCAUCGGGGCGCUGACGUGGUGACGUUAAGCUGUAGAAAUAUCAUGCGAGGAAUUGACAUUUCACAUUUUGUUAUCAAUGAUGUGGUUCAUUACAGCAUUUAAAAUAAAGGCAUCGAAAUGACUUUUCUGAA